AGAGUACACCUGCUCUGCCCACGCCCCUCGCCACGCCCAUACUGAUUAUUUUAUAUUGUCAAAAUCAGAGAUAAAUCAUGGAAUUCCUCGAGCGAUUGAGUGUUUUAUAUCUCUCUUUAAUUUUUUUUGUAACCUUAAUAUCCAAAGGGUCAUGUUACAACUGUACGAUACCUGUUAUCGUAAGAGGUGCAUGGUUUUCAUGGGAAAAUGGAAGAAACACUUUAACAGAAAUGGAUGCAACAUCGAUGACUAAUAGAGGAGAAUGUGUUGAUAUCAAAGAUUCAUAUCAUGUGAACUACACAAUGGUUUUCAAAAGGGAUUCAUGUUAUCGAUGUGUCAAGCUUAUUGUGAGGACUGUCAAUAUUCUAGAAAAAAUUGAAACGCCUUGCAUUAAUUCGCCUGAACAUGAAGCUACAGUUGAGAAUAUUUGUAGAGGAAUGGACCCCCACCAGCAACUAAUUACGUUGUUCUCUGAGAAUUAUGUUCCUGUAAAUUGCCGUUCAUCACUUGAAGGAGUAUGGAAUUUCGCUUAUCAGAAUCGCUUCAAAUUUACUGGAGAAUGCAGAAAUCCAGAUGCUCAGAUCCGCUCAUGCCAAACUGCAGGAUCUCAGUUUUUGAUUACAAAUCAAAAAUUUAACAUAACCUACAAAAAAUGUGAUGGAAUGACAGGAACCUUUGACGGAGUCGUUGAAUAUAGCUGUUUGGGAGACUGGUUUGUUGACAAAAAUCAUUAUUUUGCUGUUGCCAAUACGAAAGAAUCACGAAAAGAUGAAAAAUAUAGAUGUUUUUUAAAAAACAGAGAUGAUGAUUUAUAUAUCGGUGUUUCCAUAACCGCUGAAUGCAAUACAUUGAAAACUGUAGAAAAGAGUCCUGAAAGAUUACAUAUUACACCAGUUAAGGCCGAAGUGGUAGAGCCUGGAUGCCGCCUUCCUCAAAACUUCUCAGGAGAAUGGAUCAAUACUGCCAACAUAGAUGCAGAUAUCUUCAUAAAUGAAACCCACAUCAUUGAAACCUGGUAUCCUGAUGAAGGACGAUAUCGAAAAACAAUUUAUGUUUGUCGUGAACAGCGAGAUAGCCGUGUGAUGAUGGCAAGAUUGACUGUUGAUGGAUGUCAGAAAGAUUAUAUUUGUUUCGACUUCGUGCCCCAACACCACAAUAUAAUUCGAUAUAGAAGGGGUGUGGCAGUCAUUAAAUCAGAAUUCAGCACAGUUUGUUCCUGGGUUCAGUUCCAGAAUAAAGGAAAGUGGAAAUAUGAAUUAUACCUAAGAAAAAAUCCAGUGCCAAUCAAAUGUCCAGUAGCAGGAAAAUUCAAUUUCACACAAAGAGGAGAUGUACCAUUUGAAACAAGAAUUCUUGGUGGAGUAACGUUGAGCCCUCGUCCAAACAUAUACUGUAAGCAGAAUAUAUCAGAUUUUUCUGUAUGCGAUACAGAACAAAAAGAAAUUGCCAUUGAUAAAAAUUACUGUCUUUCUGUGGAUCACCUUGGUAGACCUGUAGAUAUAUACAGUGAUCCCGAUUAUAAAAUGAAAUGUAUUGGAUUCUGGAAGGAGAAUCUAAAGUCAUAUUUGAUUACUUAUGAUGAACUGGAUCCAUUCUCCAAAUAUCGUUGCUGGGUUUAUCAGAGAUCUGAUUUGAACAGAGUUUUGAUGUCACAAGCUAUUGGUCCUUUCUGUGAUCUGAAACAAGAUGUGUAUUCGUGGAACUAUACUGAAGGAGCUACCGUUGCCAUUGAAAUGCAGGAAUAUGAAAGGGAACGUGAUCAGUGUCCUAUGUACUUUGAUGAUGGUAGUGAUCCAUGGUUGCAUUCAGAUAAUGAGAUCGAAGUCUUUGACUUUGGAUAUUUUCGCAGUAGCAGCUCUCGUGUUGUAUGGGCAGUUAGUAUGAUAUCCACAGUUUUAUCAUGGUUGAGUAUUCAUUUUCUGUUAUGAUAAUAACCAGACAUGCUUUUUUUCACUCAAAUGACAUUAAUUUCCAACUCAAGCUGUUGACGAAACCACUUCAAGACGGCUUGGUGUGCUUACCUUAAGAAUUUUUUACAACUAGUUUAUAAAUCUUUACUAUUGAUUCGGUUUCCUAUUAGGUUGGUUUGAAAAGUUGCGGCCUGGUGAAAAUAUACUUUUUAUUCUUUGAGACUCCUCUUCAAAUCAUCCUUAUAUAGUGGGUCGUGAUUAGCUAUAUGAAAAAAUUGAACUGUUCCAAUCGUCUUAAUCUUGACUGAUACAUUUCGAAUAAUGAUGCGUAGAAAAAACUUCUAUGUAUCAAUAAAGAAUCUGACCAAGUGAUUAUUAUACCUUGAAUUGAACAUGAAACUUACAAGUAAGUUAAGAACUUUUAUUGUAAUGUUUAUUAUUGCAAGAUUUUAAUUAUAUAACUUCUACGUUACCUGUUCUUUAUAACUUUAAUGUUUGAAAUAUAAUUACUUUCAAUCGUUUUUAGCCAAGGCUUAUUUUUUAUAGCAGACAUUCCAUAUUAGCCGAUAUUCUACAUGUACAUUUAAAUUUUUUACUUAAAUCAUCUUGACUGUUAUUUUUUACUAUAUAAUGAUCUUUGUUUCGUGACAGCUCUCAUUUGAAUUGGUAAAUUUUCGAAGCUACAAAAAAUAUUACUCCAUAUUCUGUGAAUUGGAGAAGAUUUAUGCCUCCUCAAAGUAAUCACAGAGAAAUCAUCAACUUUAUGUUUUAUAUAAUUUUUCAAAUCGUCUGAAAAGAAAAUUAUUUUCAAGGAUAUAAAUUCUAAACUUACAAUCAAAACUAUGGUAUGUAAAAUGUAGUAAUAUUUUGCAAUUUCUAUUGAAAGUCGUUGAAACAACUUGGAUUUUUUUUUCUAAUUGACACGAUUUCCCAAUUUUUUGCCUUCAAAUCAAAUGUAAUAUUUAGUUUAUAAGGGUGAGCUAACAUUCCAAGAGAAUCUCAUAUUUUAUGAAGUUAUGAUGUGAUUUUUGUAUACAUAUUGUAGAUGUUUUUAUGAAGCGUUAUAUGAACAAAUGUAUUAUUUAGGAUACUUUUGUAAUGUAGGCGAAAAGUAUGCACACAUUUGUAUUGAGGGGCAAUCAUCAUAUUUCGUUUCACAAGUCCACUCAUGAAAUUAUUAUUUAUAAGUGAGCUAGCAAUUUUUCCGUCCAGUUUUUUUUGUAAAUUUAUGUAUACACUUGUAUUAUAUUUUGAAAUGUAUACGAUGAAAUAAAUUUUUAAUUAAA